CCAUGGCUACUUCCUUCUUGCUGUCCCUGUGGGCCCAGCAGCUGCCAGGAUGAGGCUGCUGUGUGGCCUGUGGCUGUGGCUCUCCUUGCAGAAAGUCCUGCAGGGCGAGACCCCAACGCCCCCGCCACUUCCGCCCCCAAUGCAGAGCUUCCAAGGAAACCAGUUCCAGGGGGAAUGGUUCGUCCUGGGCCUGGCAGGCAACAGCUUCAGGCCAGAGCACAGGGCGCUGCUGAACCCUUUCACUGCAACUUUCGAGCUAAGUGACGAUGGCCGCUUUGAGGUGUGGAAUGCCAUGACUCGUGGCCAGCACUGUGACACGUGGUCUUAUGUGCUGAUACCAGCAGCCCAGCCUGGGCAGUUCACCGUGGACCAUGGUGUGGAGCCCGGGGCGGACAGAGAGGAGACCCGGGUGGUGGACAGCGACUACACCCAGUUCGCCCUGAUGCUGUCCCGCAGACACACGAGCAGUCUGGCCGUCCUCAGGAUCAGCCUGCUGGGCAGGAGCUGGUUGCUGCCUCCCGGGACGCUGGACCAGUUCAUCUGCCUGGGCAGAGCUCAGGGCCUCUCGGAUGACAACGUUGUCUUCCCAGAUGUGACCGGCUGGUCACCCCAGGCCAGCGUCUGUUGAAGGAUGAAGCAGCUCCUGUCCGGCCCAGCCCUGCCUCACAGCUGCGCGAGCUCUGCCCUCCUCCACUCUCAAACCUGAAUAAAUGCACCAAGCCCAGA